UUCGUUUCAAUUUGGAUUUCCCUUUGCAGGUUCUGGGCGUGCAGAUUGCACUGACGGCGGCACAGCAGGAGGUGAUAGUGGCCAUCGAUGAUCCCGAUAAGACGCAGUACCACGAAGCGAACUUCAAUACGAGUGCCUACCAGUUUGGCUACGAGGUGGGGCCCAACGGUCAGUUCCAUCACGAGACGCGAGGACCCGAUGGAGUCACAUACGGUUGCUACGGCUACAUCGAUCCCAACGGGAUGCUGCGAGUGACGCACUACGUUGCCGACAGUCACGGAUACCGAGUGGUCGAACCAAACCGACCGGUGGAGAUAUUCUCCGAUUCGCCAGCGCAUUACAGCAACGCACUCACCGAAGAUGAACCCCAGCUGCGGCAUCGUGGCCAGCUGGUGGAUUGGAAGGACUUAUAUCUGCCACGUGGCUGUGGGAUGUAUCCAGGAGGAGUCCGACCGGAUGGACCACCGGUAAUUCCUGCUCCGCCUCCUACAGAAGCACCCACAAGACCAACAAACGGCGGCACCAAUAAUGGCGGUGGUAGUCCUCAAGGAAGCGGAGGGUCUCACCAGUCGGGCGGUAGCCGGCCAGGACAGGGACAAGGGCAAGGACAAGGACAGUGGCAGGGACAAGGGCAAGAGCAGGGACAGGGUCAAGGGCAGGGGCAAGGUCAAAAUCAAGGCCAGGGACAAGGACAAUGGCAGGGACAAGGACAGGGCCAAAAUCAAGGCCAAGGCCAAAAUCAAGGCCAGGGGCAAGGACAAGGACAGUGGCAGGGACAAGGACAGGGCCAAAAUCAAGGCCAGGGACAAGGACAAGGCCAAAACCAAGGACAAGGUCAGUGGCAAGGACAAGGUCAAGGUCAGAAUCAGGGACAAGGGCAAGCACAAUGGCAAGGACAAGGACAAGGUCAAGCACAGGGUCAACGACCAGGACAAGGACAAAAUCAGGGUCAAGGGCAAGGCCAACGACCAGGACAAGGACAAAAUCAGGGUCAAGGGCAAGGUCAAUGGCAAGGACAAGGGCAAGGGCAAGGGCAGGGACAGCGGCCCGGACAAGGGCAGGGACAAGGUCAAGGUCAAGGACAGGGACAAGGUCAAGGACAGGGGCAAGGUCAAGGACAGGGACAAGGUCAAGGACAGGGACAAAAUCCAGGUCAAGGACAAGGCCAAUGGCAAGGGCAGGGGCAGCGACCAGGGCAGGGACAGGGACAGGGACAAGGACAGGGACAAGGACAAGGGCAGUGGCAAGGGCAAGGUCAGAACCAGGGACAAGGGCAAGGUCAGAACCAGGGACAAGGGCAAGGUCAGAACCAGGGACAAGGACAAGGACAGCGACCAGGACAGAGUCAAGGACAAGGUAAUGGUCAAGGGCAAGGGCAAAACCAAGGUGGAAAUUGGCAGCAACAAGGCCCAGGGGGUCAAAGCCAGGGACAAGCACCACAAACCGGUCCUGGACAUCAUCAUCAAGGACAACAUCAGGGUUCACAUCAGGGGCCGAUAAGUUCUGGUCAGCAUCAGGGCCAACAUCAGGGAAGCCAUCAGGGUGUUAGUCAAGGUUCUCACGGGGGCCAGCAUCAAGGAUCUCACCAAGGACCCGUAAGCUCGAGUGAACAUCAAAACCAGCAUCAGGGUAGUCAUCAAGGGUCUUCUGGUCAGCACGGAGGGCAACAUCAGGGAUCUCAUCAAGGGCCAAUCAGCUCUGGUGCCCACCAGGGUCAGCACCAGGGAAGUCACCAAGGCGUCAGUCAGGGAUCACAUCAAGGCCAACAUCAAGGGUCCCAUCAAGGCCCCAUCAGCUCUAGUGAACACCAAAACCAGCAUCAGGGUAGCCACCAAGGUAUAAACCAAGGGCAACAUCAAGGGCAGCAUCAGGGACAGCAUCAAGGUCCAAUCAGCUCAGGCCAGCAUCAGGGUAGCCAUCAAGGAAGUCAUCAAGGUGGCAGUCAUGAACACCAAGGACAACAUCAGGGCUCCCAUCAAGGCCCGUUCGGUAACUCAACACAUAACAUUCAAGUGUCAUGGAGCCAUCAGAAACCUGGGCAACAAGGUCAAGGGCAAGGACAAGGACAAGGGCAAGGUCAACAACAAGGACAAGGUCAAGGUUCACAGCAAGGACAAGGUCAAGGCCAACAGCAAGGACAAGGCCAAGGGCAACAACAAGGACAAGGACAAGGCCAAGGACAGGGACAAGGGCAAGGGCAGAAUCAAGGUCAAGGACAACAGCAGGGACAAGGCCAAUGGCAAGGACAAGGUCUGGGCCAACAGCAAGGACAGGGUCAAUGGCAAGGACAAGGUCAGGGUCAACAACCAGGGCAGGGUCAAUGGCAAGGACAGGGACAGGGGCAACAGCAAACAACCACAUCAAGCCCCAUUGGAGGACCUUCAACGGAUUAUCCUUACGGACCAACAUCUCCGGCUCCACCUCCAUCUGGGUUCACAACGGCUCAACCAGAUUAUCCAGCGACUGCCAGCGGUGUUCAACCUCCAAAUCGCCCAGGACAAGGCGGUUAUCCACCCUCCAGUGGGGGCAACAACAAUAACAAUAACAACAACAACCAAUACCCUCCCUACCAGAUUGCUGUUUCUCAGUAUCCUUUCUUCUUUGUUCCUUAUCCUUAUCCUCCAUCUCACGCCCCAUGCAACUGCCCACAGGACCAGAACCGACCUCCAACCGGCUACCUGGGCUUUAUCCCGGUCAUCUACGUGCCGAGCUGUGAUGCUCAGAAGAGUGGCCUUCCCACUCACAUUAACUGGCCAGCUCCUCCACCUCCGAACGGCCUGGGUCGGGCUCUUGAAGAUCUACCGCUGCAGCGGUUAGUCCAAGGCUCCGAUGGAAGCUGGAACCUCGAACAGCUAUCGCCGGAAGAGCAAAAGCAACAGCUUCAACAGCUUCAGCUAGCCCCUUCACAGCUACCACAGCAGCCGGGAUCACAGCCGAGACUUCGUCAGAACCGCAACCGUCGGCUACGGAGUCGACGACCUCCUCCUCCACCGCCACCAUCAUCGCAGGUAGAGCAGUUCGUGAUCAAACCAGAAUCUCAAAUUGAAUCCGCGUAAGAAUGGGUGGGCACAGUGUGUGAUCGUCGGGGAAGCUAGGAUUAGGCAAGAUAAGGCAACGAUAGUGAGAAGCUCGUGAGCGAACCAGACUGGUUGGGACGUCCAGGUCCAACAUGACGUCCUCCAGAGCGUAGAGAUCUAGAAUACCAUUUAUGGUAGGACGUGAGACGAAAAUACUCAUUCGAUUUUAAGAUUAGGUAUGUGCUAGGAAACUGAUGAAGGAUGAAAAAGCAAUCGGCGAAUGAUAACUAGUGUGUCAAUAAAUCUCAGAAUAAAA